AUGAUAGAAAAUAAUACAUUUAUUACAGAUUGAGAUUGGUUCUACUAUUUCACUGUGGCUAUAUUUUUUUUUGAAUUGUAAUUUCAUUCUUUAUUGCUUCCAGUGUAGCGGGUGCUUGAGCAUGGUUUAUUUCUUAUUUGACAGCAUCACAGCUACCCCACAGAAAAAAGGUUCCUCUCCCACACGGAGGGUGGUUGUUGUAGAAUUUUGUCUUAAAGAAAUGGUGGUUUCUUGAGCAAAAUCAAUCACUAAAUGGACGCAACCGUGCGUCUAAAGUGGAACCAAACUCGUGUACAUAUCAGUGCAGUAAAGUAAGCUUUUGUUAAGCGCGCCAGUGUGUAGUAUCCCGGCCGGAAGUGAGCAGGUCAGGAAAGCAAAACGGUACAGGAUAUGGUGUUUCUACAGUUGAAAAUUUGUGUCGCAUUCUGUUGGUCCGUGCUGUGUAGUAAGUGAGUGUUUAUCUAUGUCCACUACGAGCUCCAGUUAAGAGUUACCAGGAACUUUGAUAAGAAUUCAUGCUAGGCAAAGAGACGAAGAAAGCAUUGGUUUGAUGGUACCCUUCAUCAAAACAACAACUACUCUGGAUGCUACCAACUUAUCACAAUAUCAUCCUCCCUCCGAGAUGGACAGUAGAAAUGUGUGCUGAAGCGUCCAGUGACUGCAACGGAAUGCAUAUUUGCCGCAGCUCCUAAAUGUCCCACCGACUGCAAACGAUUACAUUGGCUUGUAUCUAUCGCAAAUGCAUCAAUUAUGCAUUGUUGAAGGCAAAAUUUGUAAGCAAAUCAUCAUAAUCAUCAUCAUGAUUCCCGUGAAAUGCAGCAGGUUGGAUCAGAGGCACUAAAAGCAGGCUGGCUUGAUAUAUUACCAGCAACGUAGCAUCAUCAUUCAUUUGCAAAAUUAGUUAGUUGUGGGAGCAAGAAACAAAAAAAAAACGCAAACGUACACGUUGUCCGGGAAAGAAAGCUUCUCAUGCGAAGUCACCGGAUGCUGCAAAAGGGCAAACGGUAGGUGGGUAGACCGUAAUUAGUCACGACGACAAUACCAUCUGAAUGGAGAUGAACCAAUUAUUGUCGUCGCAAACCACCUGCACACACAGUAGAAACCGUAGCCGCCCCAUCGUUGCAUCGACGCACGAACAACAACAGUCUAAGCAGGCACUCGGUGGUGUUAGCAACAGGAACAAGCAUCGAAUAGAUGGCGGAACAACGAUGGCUCGGUACCGGAAUAAGAUUAAGAAACUGCAUACGCUGGUUUGGCUGGUGUUGCUGCAGCUGGUACUGCUACCGUACGUGCAGGUCGGCCUAACGCUGACCAAAAUGCAAACAAGACAAUCGUGCGAUAAAACACGGCGUAUCUUCACGCAAUCGUACGGUGAAAUCAGCGAUGGUCCAGCCGGUGUUAAUUACACACAGGAUUCUCACUGCGAAUGGUUGAUAAGGGCGCAAAAUGAUAGUCAAUUUAUAACGCUCAAAUUUCGCAGUAUGGGCACCGAAUGCUCGUACGAUUAUAUCUUCAUCUACGAUGGUGACUCGUUCCGCUCACCACUGUUGGGUAGUUUUAGUGGCAAUACGGAACCCCAGCACUUGAUCGCUAGCUCCGGUAGUAUGUUGAUAUUGCUGUACAGCGACACCAAUUACGUGCAGGAAGGCUUUCGGGCAGAGUUUGCUGUUACGAACUGUCCCAACAACUGCACUGGGAAUGGUCGAUGCGUCGAUCAUGCGUGUGUUUGUGAUCGAGGAUGGAUCGGAAGUGAUUGCAGUUUAGAUCCGUGUCCUGACCGAUGUGGAGGUAUAGAAAGUCGCGGGACGUGUUCGAGUGAUCGCUGUGAAUGCUCAAAGGACUAUUUAGGACAAGCAUGUGGUCUCCAUCGCUCAAAGCCUGCUCCAAAGGAGUGGCACUGGAUUACCAACUCUAAAAAUGGACUACCGCCAAGAGCGGCACAUACAGCCGUUUACUACGAACCGUCGGAUGCGCUGUACGUCUUUGGAGGUUACAAUCUAAACGAAGUGUUCGACAGUCUAUACGUGUUCCGGUUUGAUAGAAACCACUGGGAAGAUGAGUGGGGCAUUCGCGUCGACCAGAACUACACUGAACCGUCCUCGGAGGAAGAAAAGCUUCUCCGAAGGACACAGUUUCUCGAAGAGGAAUCGGAACGGUUGUCCCGGGAACCGAAUUUUCUAAGCAAUGUUAUCUACACACUUUCGGACAAUCGAACCGGCAUUGGGUACGGCGAAGGACUUUCCAACGGAACGCGCCCGGCCGGGCGAUACGGACACGCAGCAUCCGCUGUCAGUGAUGGGUUCGUAAUCUUCGGUGGAAAGCUCGCAACCAAUGGUGAGCUGGCAAAUGAUUUGUGGCUGUACAACGUAUCGCACAACGGUGGUACAUGGUUCGAGCGUGCGACCGAAUCGCCGGUAAGGCCACCGGCACUGACGCGCCACACACUCACACUUGCCGGCGAAUUUCUGUACGUGUUUGGCGGCGCAAUGGAGGACGGUGAAUUUUCAUCGAAACUGUUCCGGAUAAAGCUCAUUCCGGACGCAUCGGAUGCAGAGCGAUGGGAGGAAGUGAUACCGCGCGGUGGCAAAUCGCUUGAUGUGCGUAUGGUUGCGCACACCACCUCGUACCAGCGCGCAACCAACUCACUGAUCGUGUACGGUGGUUUGCUAGCGAAUGUGGCCCGUUUUUCACGCCUUUCCGAUCGAAUGUUUGCGUUUCAACUUGAUCACAAACACUGGGCAGAGUUGCAGUACCCUCGUACGGCUCUGCACGAUGGAUAUGCACCGCGUGAACGUGCUUUUCACACGACGAACAUUAUUGGCAACUAUCUGAUCGUUUUCGGUGGUUACUCGCACAAGCACAACAAGGAAGAGAUUUGCUACGAUAAUCAGAUGUACCUGUAUCAUCUGGGAUGUCACAGCUGGAUAAAUCCGGAAGUGCUAGGACCGGGACCGGGCAGUAAAUAUCGCUAUCCGAAGAAGCAGGGUGUGUUUGCACAUGCGGCUGCCGUGCGGAAAGGAAACACGCUGCUCAUCGUUGGUGGUUACCAUGGUAAUGUGAAUGGUGAUCUGCUCGCCUACUCGCUACCGCUCAUGCUGGUGGUGCACGUCGAUGUAACGUUUGCACCGGAAGCCGCUUGUCCAAGGCAUACAUCGUUCAACGAGUGUUUGGCUGAUUUGGAGUGUGGCUGGUGUUCGGCAGACAGUGUGUGUUACGGCCGUACGAUCGGAGCAAACUGUACGACUAACCUACAGACGACGCGCUGCAAAGGUAUCUGCUCCGUGUUGGGCGAUUGUCAUUCGUGUCUGGUACACGGUACAACGACGCUAGACGAAGAUGGUGAAGACCCUGGUCGCAAAGCAGACAAACACCUGCAGCACAUGCAAUCCAUCGCGCACAAGCUCGGUCUGGAUCGGUGCACCUGGUGUGUGCAAAAUGCUCGCUGUCACCACAAGGACGACAAUUAUGGCGUGUGUGGGGAGGAUACACCUUCCCAGAAGCCGGGCUGGUGGGGUACCAAAGGUACGGAAGUGACGAAACCGAGUGAGUGUACAUCGCAGGACAAACGGCCCGGGUUGACGUUUCUGAAGUAUCUGCAUCCGAUGAACAUGUCCAUGCCGGAUGCGGUAAUGAUCGUGAACGCCACAAUGGCCGAUUUUACCUCACCUCCAACAAACACACCGACAGAACAACAGCUCGGUGGGCAGGUUGUGGCCCGCCUGCUCGGCUUCAUUCGCUUUCCACCCAUGACGGAUCAAUCGAUGGCGCUGCUCCAGGCGUGUGUUAGUCAUGCCGAUGCAAUACUUCGCACGGUGCAAGUAUCGACACAGGCAGGGCGUAAAGGGGACACGACGGCAAACGCUCCGCUCACUACCCUGGUAAUGGAAACGAUGGUGUCCACAAACAUAACUGCGAACGAAAGCGUCUGCGGGAUGGUAAAGUGGGCCGAUCGUGCAAACAUAUUGGUAGAUUUUCAGGCUCAAAGAAAUAGUCGCGGCGCAGGAGGUUAUUACGGCGGUUCCGGUGGGCACCAUCAUCACCAUCACGGACAUCAUCCGGAUUUGAGCAAAAUGAGUCUGCAACACUUCUACGGUAAUGUGCUGCAGGCGUUUACAUUCGAAUUUCUCGAACCGUACUCGAACGGAACGGCUUGCGCCUCGUACGGUAACUGUCUCGAGUGCCUUUCCGACUCAUCCUGUGGCUGGUGUGAACUAACGAACGGUUGCUUAUCGCGCAAAGCAAACGAAUCGGAAACGUGCCGCCGUGGUUUGGACUGGCGCUAUCUAACCAUCCAGCCGGCGCACUGUUCGAACUGUACGAACUUUGUCUCCUGCGAGCAGUGUAUCGGCCAUUCGGGAAAUCAGUGCGAGUGGUGGACAGAGGAUGCGACCUGCGCACGAAGAGGACGCUCGGAAGCGGCAGUACGGACGCUGGACCAGUGUCCAACACCUUGCUACCAGCGGACGGAUUGUUCCGCUUGCUUGAAUGAUCGUGGUCGGUGCGUGUGGUGUGAAGCCACGAGCCAAUGUUUCUCCUUCUCGGUGUACACCAGCGAGUAUCAGUUCGGGAUGUGCCGCGAAUGGCUCGAUCAAACGCUUCCGAUCACGGUACCACCGGUAAUAGAUCAGGACGGAACAAGUGCACCGAUGGUGCAGCAGUGCAAAUCGUGCGCCAGCUUUCAAAACUGUUCCUUUUGUUUGCGUUCGCUUAGCUGCGGCUGGUGCUACGAUACGGACAAUCCGAUCAACGGUAUGUGCAUGCAGGGUGACUUCAACCGCUCGACGCAGGGAUUGUGUGGCAAUGGGCAACUGCUGCUACCAGGUACAUCGAACGUGACGGAACCGGUACGGACGAGCUGGGCAUAUGCCCAAUGUCCCGAUGUGGAUGAAUGUGAGCUGCGACUGCACGACUGUCACAAGCAGGCAGAGUGUAGCAAUACGCACGGUUCGUACAGCUGCAAAUGCCGCAAAGGUUUCGUUGGCGACGGUGUGCGCUACUGCCAGCAGACGUGUUACGAAGCCUGUACCCACGGGCAUUGCUCGGGGGCGCCCGAUUUCCGGUGUGUUUGCGAUCUCGGCUGGACUGGUGUGGACUGCAGUGUGAACUGCGCGUGCAAUAACCAUUCCACCUGUCUGCAGGGUGUCGGACGUUGCGAUCAGUGUUUGAACUGGACGGAGGGUGAAUUUUGCGAACGGUGCAGUCCGGGCAGCUUUGGCAAUGCGACGACCGAGGCAGGUUGUCAGCGAUGUGACUGCAACGGUCACGGUAAUGUGGCGCUCGGGAUCUGUGAUGCGAAGACGGGCGAAUGCUACUGCCAGGAUUACACCGAGGGAUUGCGGUGUGAGAUGUGCAAUCGCAAUUUUUACGGCGAUCCCAAGGAUGGCGGCCAGUGCUAUCAUCAGUGUGCGUCACGCGGCGUAUUGACGCAGGUUGGCACGCAAGGACUCGGAUCGUUUCAGUCGUAUCGGUCGAGCUGGAGCGGACAGGAAACGCGUGAAUGUCUCUGGAUCGUAAGUCCACAGGGACGUGGCGGUGGAGGAGCAGGAACAGUUGGAGAAGGUACUGUAGGAGCAGUCUCGACAGAGCUCCGUAACGCGAUCAUACAGAUCAAGAUCGAACAAGAACGAAUGAAUGUGACGUGCGGCGAAAAUGCGGUGUACGUGUAUGAUGGUCUGCCCGAUCUGACGGGUGUCGCCCAACAGAAGCAGCUGAUCGCGGUAUUCUGUAACGAAGAACGCGGAUCUUGGAUAGCGGAAGCACGUUCCGGCCAUUUAACCGUACAUUUCAAAAAAGGACCCUCACCGGAGCAGGGUUUCAACGCAAUCUAUUCGGUGUUGAGUUGUGCCGCAGCAAGCUGUCAACGGCCGUACCAUUGCACCGACGAUGGGCGCUGUGUUUGUCCGAAAGGUUUCACGGGGCCGCGCUGUAUGAUGCGCAUCUGUCCGUCCGAUUGUAACGAGGAAAGCAAACAGGGCACGUGUGACAAUGCGUACGGCCGGUGUAUCUGUGCGCCCGGGUACGGUGGGGACGACUGUUCGUCUAUCGUCAAACCUUCCUGUGUGGUGUUUACCGAGCUGUUCAAUUCAUAUCUGGUGUCGGAUAGUUUCGAGCAUUUGCGUAAAACAUUGCCACGGUUCGGUCAUUCGCUAGUGGCAGAUCGUCGAGGAUCGCUGUGGAUGUUUGGUGGUUAUUCACUGUCGCACGGACCGUUGAACGAUAUACGGCAGUUUGACACGAAGAAUAACACCUGGAUGCAGGUAACCGUUGAUUCUAGUCCGGAGGAUCGUAUGCCGCAGGGACGUUACUAUCAUGCAGCGGAAAUCAUUGGCAGUCGGCAAGCAAUCUACGUGUACGGUGGUCUUUCACGCAACGGCACACUGGACGAUCUGUGGCAGUUCGGUUUGCAGACGCAGCGUUGGAGUUUAGUGGUGCCGCAAAACGAAACCCAUCCACCGGCACUUGCUGGCCACACGCUAACGGCUGUCGGGCGCGAAGAAUUACUGCUGCUGAUCGGUGGCUACACCAUCGGGCGCGGUCUGCAAGGUACCGUGUGGUUGUUUAAUCUUGCUACGGCUAGCUGGACAAUGGUCGCGACACACGGAUCAUCGCCCGGUGGCAUCUAUGGUCACACGGCCGUGUAUCACGCACCAAGUGCGGCCGUAUACGUGUACGGUGGUGUGCGCAGACAGCUGGAUAGCAAUGAAUCGGGUGUUUCGAAGCGAUUGUACGCAUUCAGCGUUACCACGCACCGCUGGACGGAGCUACCAUCGUUUAUCUACCACGGUGCCGAGUAUGUACCACCGGGACGAUAUCUCCAUUCAGCGGUCGCAACCCAACACUACAUGCUGGUAUUUGGUGGCCGUUCCACUGGGAACGGUACGGAUUCGCUUGCCCGCGACGAUGUGAUGGUGGCGUACGUGUAUCGCUGCAACCAGUGGAUCCGGUUGGCGAAGGAUGCCAAGAAGGUGGGUGCAAGCUACAGCUAUACGUACGCACAAGCGAUGGCCCAGGAUCCGGAGGGUGGUUCAAUCUACGUGGUAGCCGGCUGGGAUGGUAGCAACCAUUGUCGGGUAACGCGCAUCGAUCUGCCGGAGGAUAUGUGCGAUCUGUGGAGCGGCUCGAAGUACCUGUGCCGACAGUACUCCGGUUGUAGCUUCUGUUCGGUCAAAGGUAUCCCGGGUGAAGCGCCCUCACAUUGCUACUCGGCCGGUGGAACGUAUCAAGCCUGCGAAGGUUACAAUGGGACGAUCUCGUUCAACAGUGGUGCGUCUUGCGAUAGCGAGUGGAUCGGACGAAGAGCUUGCACGUCGUUUAAAACAUGUUCCACUUGCUUGGCCAGCUACCCGUGGCACGGUGAAACCGAAUCACCCUGCAAAUGGUGCCCGGAGUGCCAUCCAAUGGUUAGCUGCAUGGAACGAUCGUCCGACUGUGGUACACACAAUGGAUGUAUCGCUAAUCAAACCGCGCUGAUCACACAGAACGAGUGUCCGGGGCUGCCGGGGCGUGGCUGUGUAGCGGAUGAUUGUGAAAGUUGCGGCGCUAUGCCGGGAUGCAGCUGGCAGGAGGACCAGGGUGGAUUGAAACACCGAUGUCGGGAAGCGACGAUACCUACGGCGGACGAGAUGGAUGCAUCGAAAAAUGAUACGCGAGCCGUAAGCUGCCCGUUGCCCUGUAGCGCUUUUAAGAACUGCAGCACGUGCGUUAAACAUUCCAGCCGACCAUCGGAGUGUCUUUGGUCCACGCAGCUGAAUGAGUGUAUAUCGCCGAUGUUCCAACCGCUGUACUGUUCCGGCGGCAUCUGUGGGUUGAUCGUGCGUCCGAACGAUCCACAGCACUGUCCGGAACCGUGCGCAAGCUUUACCCAGUGUACGAACUGCCUGCGCCAUGCGUACUGCGGUUGGUGCUCAAGGAAUGGCACGGAUGGGGACGGUGUGUGUACGGAGGGUUCGGUUGAUGGACCGGCCAACCAUCCGGCGGGAUCGACCUGUGCCGCAAUCUAUCAAACGCGCAGCAAAACGCCAGCCAACGCGACGGAACCGUUUGGCUGGAAUUACUUCAAAUGUCCGCCGGAAAACGAGUGCGCCAACGGGCAUCACAACUGCAAUGCCAAGUCGCAACGGUGUGUUGAUCAUCUGCACGGAUACGAGUGUGUGUGUGCGCCGGGGUACAACACAUCGAGUCUUGGCGGUGGUGGCAUGUGUGUGCCAGUGUGCAGCCAAGGGUGCGUACGUGGCGCAUGUACGGAACCGGACGUAUGCCGGUGUGAUUUUGGUUACGUCGGUGCCAACUGUAGCAUCCAGUGCCAGUGCAAUGGACACUCGAACUGUACCGGUGCGGAUCAGCUGGAUCGUUGCGGCCAGUGCCACAACAAUACGAUGGGUGCGCAGUGUGACAAAUGUCUCCCAUUUUAUGUCGGCGACCCACGGAACGGUGGUAGCUGUGUACCAUGCGUGCAGUACUGUAACGGUCAGACGGAUCUUUGCAUUGGGCGCGACCAAGAAGCGACGAUGCGUAAUAUGACGCGACAGGAGCUGAAACAGCUUGUGAUGGAGGGCCCAACCGGGGAUGCAAUAUGUCUCGGGUGUGGGAAUUAUACCGAUGGCGAUCAGUGUGAGACAUGCGUCCCGGGAUAUUUUCGCAAAUCGGCCACCCCGGGCAAGGCGUGUUCACCGUGUGAGUGCAACGGGCAUGGGGAUAUGUGUGAUCCGAUGACGGGGGAGAAAUGUAACUGUGGCAAUAACACCGAGAGUGACAAUACAUGCUCGUCCAAGGGUAAGAACCAUGCCUUCAACUGCUGGUCGCUGCAGUGUACGAAGUGUCGGGAUUCUUACUCGGGCCACCCGAACAAUGGACAUCAGUGCUACAAGCACAUCACAGUCGAGUCGCGCAUGUGUUUCGAUGCCAAAACGAUCGAUGAGUGUAAAAUUAAACCGCAGCCACUAAAACCCGGCCAGACGGUGUUUUUCGUCAUUCAACCACGCUACAUGAAUGUUGACAUACGCUUCAUCGUGGAUGUGACGCAGGGUGAGCUCGAUUUCUACAUGAGCCCGACGGACGAAUCUUUCAUCGUGCAGACGAACGUCUCGACCGGGCAUCACGACAUUCUGCUCGACCGAAGAUACGUUUGGUACCAACAGCACACUAGUUAUGUAUCUCUAUGGUCAUCCGCCGUGCCAACACUCGGGUCCAUAGACUUGCACCCGCUCAACAUUCAAGGGUCGGAGGUACCGCUAGCAGGUGAGAAAACUUCCCCUGUUUGCGGUGGUCUAGGGAACGACGAUUUCUACGUAUUCGAUCGUGAUGCACGCGAUCUGAUCACGUACGAAACGUUGAACGAGUGCAAAUCGCUGCUGCGGGUGUUUGGUCUUAAAAAUCGGCUUGUCGUUACGCUGCCCCACACGGUGCAUGCGCUGGGGCAGACCAAGUUUUACAUUGCGCUGCGGGCACGCCCCGGAUCGACCGCCAGCUAUGGGUUGGUGUUUUUCCGCCAGGAUCAGCUCCACAUCCAUCUGUUCGUGUUUUUCUCCGUGUUUUUCUCGUGCUUUUUCCUGUUUCUCGCGCUCUGCGUGCUGGCGUGGAAAGCGAAACAGGCGGCCGAUAUGCGCCGGGCCCGCCGGCGCCAUGUCGUCGAGAUGCUGCACAUGGCGAAGCGACCGUUCGGACGGAUCAAUCUUUCACUCGAGGGUCCAUCGGAGGGUAUCAUUACGCCGGCACCGCAUCGGAGACGUGGCCGAACUUCGAAACAUUCCACCGGUGGUAGUGCCGGUAGUAAUGCGAACAAUGCACACGGCCAUCAUCAUCACCAUCAUCACCAUCAUCAUCAGCAGCAGCACCAUCAUCAACCGGAUAUAGGUCCGAUAGCGUUAGAGCCGACGGCGGAUAACUAUGCCGCCGUCGGGACGGUGUUCGUACGUUUGCCGGGCAAACAAAAGUCACACAUAACGCUCGCACUUGCAUCGGCACUGAUCGUUAUGGGGCGCACAUCCGGUGGCAGCUAUCCGUCCCAUUCGCGUGCGGCCGGCAGUGGACACCAUCGCCGGCGUAGCUCACCUGGUGGAGGCAGUGUUUGUCACGCCUCGCCACGACAACAUCCACUUCAUUACUAUAAUCAGCAACAGCAGCAGCAGCAACAACAGUUGUCACUGCAACAUAUGCAUCGGGGCGAACCAGCGGAUGUGGUCGGACCGCUGGCGGAACGACAACCAUUUAUCGAAGUCCACCACGAGCAAGUUCCGCUGCAACCGCUUGCAUCGAACCGCGAGCGGCAGUAAAUCUAGGAAUCGCGUUAGGAUGAUGGAAUCUGAUAACUCUCAAUUAGCUGUCGGCAAAACACACAGGGACCUUUUUGCGCAUCGUUUAGCUAAUUCAUUGUUAGAUUUCAUUUGUUUUUGUUUUUUUUAUUUGUUUGUUGCUUACAACAAAUCAAGAAUAGCACGAAAUCGUUUGGAUGUGGGUGAAUGUGCAUUUGAACGUCCGGAAGUAUUAAUACAUCAUUUCCUUGGUAGAAAUUGGAAUGUUAUUGGAAUGGGAAAGGAUGAGCCUGUUUGUGUUACGCAUCGCACUUAUCAGCGUAACAUUAGUCAAAUUACAAAUCCGUUUUGUAACACAAACACAACGCACUCACGAUGCAAGUGGGGGUGACGAUACUCGGAACAUUUGUUGAUCUGUUAAGUGAUAAGCUAUUUUUUGCUUGCGGUAUGCGGGUAAAGACGAUGAAUGAAGACCAUAGACCAAUGCUUUUUUAUUUUACUAUUUCUAAUGUAACGUUUUUGUUUUGUGUUGUUUCUUCAGUAAUCUCAGCCCACAAGCAAUGCACAACUCGCUUUCUUUUGAGUUUAGAUGCCUAGCGUGUGAUUAUAUUAAUCGAGUAAGAUCUUUUAAAUUAAAUCUAUUUACAAUGUGUAAUCUAAUAAGUUUUGGACCGGUGCAGGUCUGGUAGGAAAUUUGUACAUUAGCUUAAAAUGUUAUACUAUGUGUGUGUGUGGGUGCGCGUGAUUGUGUUAAGAAGUUUUGCCAACAUUGAUCUCGCAGAAAUGCUGAUGGAUGAGGCAUUCUGUUUGUGGGAUUUUCGAACAAAAAAAAAAAGACAACUGCACAUCCAUUGUGCGUUUUUCCUAAUGCAUGAUAGUUACACAGCAUUGCGUCCGUAAGCAAGCCAUUACGAAUGAUUUUCAUCUGUAUUAUGAAUGUGCGUUUGUUUGAGAGAAAUUCGUAGCGUAUUGAUCGCGUACGCGUGAUCAAAGGGAUGAGCGAGUGCAAUACAGAGAUUACUUAACAGCUUUAGAUUUAGUUACGAUAUCAGUUAGUAGUAGCAUCAGUAUGCGUACGCGUAUAGCGAACUUGAUUAAGCGCAGUACUAUUUAUCCUAAGCCACCGUAACCAAAACGUGAUACCGAAUGUUUACCAGCAGAGAUCGUUCUUCACAUUCGCACCUGGGACUGUCGAGGUUUUCCUCGAGAGCGCAGGGGCAGCGUGUUUUGAUCUCGAAGCACAGCACUCGCAAAUUAUUGUUAAAAACAAACAAAAAUUAAAAAUAUUUUCUUUGCAGCUGCAGUACAUUAUUAUUCUGCUCACACUAGAAACACAAUACUGCUACUUACCGAUCGAACGUACCACAAUGCAAUGCGUUUUAAAGACUUAACGUAGCCCGUUUUUCGUGCCAGAACGAGAAAAUGUACUUGGUUUUGUUUCCCCUGCGGACAGUAGCUAAAAGCUUGCCGCCUACCAGCGCAGAGUGUGUGUGUGUCGAUAAAUCGAUUAAUCCCGAUAGAAUGGAGAAUGCGAGAUUUAGUAUAAGUAUACAUACGCGUAGAAUAAAUUGAGUAAGAAACUAAACAAAAACACACACACACACUAAAUUCCACAAUGUGGUAAACUAUAGCGAAGAAAUGAUGACGAUGUAGAUAAAUAUAAAGUAAGUCAGCAAGUAAGAAAAUCAAAACCAAACCGAACAAUCGCAAAACAAGAAGAAAAAGUGGGGAUAAAAACCAAGUUCGCCAUUUACAAGAUGGUGUCCCUACAUCCCCGUUUCAAAGCAUAAAUUCCUGUAUGCUGGGUAAUAUUUUGUAUAUGACGUCGGAACGCCGGCCAUGCGACAGCAAACAAACCACACAAUAACAAACAAUAACAAAACUAA